CUCCUUAGACAAGGCCUUGUACUCGCCCAUCAAGAUCUUCUCCGCCAUGGUGGGCAACUCUUAGAGAGGUGUGACCAGUUCAGACUUGGAUUAUCCGCCGAAAGUGUUUCUGAUUUUCGAUUUGUGUUGGGGGGGCCGAAGCGCCAGGCGCAGCGGUUUAUAAAGUGGGCGAUGCCGGAAGGUGGAGGUGAACGGAGCGUGUCGAAGGUUCCAGGCGAUGGUCGAACUUCGAAGGCAGAAACGAAAGUGAAUAUCCUAGGCAACACAGGUAGAUCGCAAUAUGACCAUUCACGAGACUCCAGUGUGGAAGCGUUUUCCGAAGUUCUUUCAGAAGUGUCUGCCUCUUCCGCUUUCACGCCCUGUCUUGCUUCCCUGUGCACAUCCAGUUGGUGGGGUGUGGCGGAAUGCGGCCGUUGGUUCAGAACCGUUCAUAGAUGGUUUUGGGGGUUCCAGACUCUAAGACUCAGGAUCGGCGAGUCCCUUCCAAGGGAGAGAACUUUGCGGACGGUUGGUAACUGGAGACCAAUGAUGUCUUUAGUUCGAAAAGGAAAGAAAGGGAAGACGGUGGCGAGUGGGAAGAACUCUACCAAUUACCUAUGGAAUCCCAUUCCUGGCAAUUCACAAUAGCCCUACAUCGGCCCAAUGAUAUGGCAUGGAUGGAACGAUUGCUCUCUCCGCCCAGUAUAUUAUUUAUGAAUAAUGGCACAUUAUAAA